AUGGCAUCAGAAUAUGGAAGCUCCCCUAAGCGAGAGCCCACCCCAACUCUACCAUUAUCCUCCAUUCCUCAAAAGCGCGCUCUCGAAGAAGGUCGUCAUAGUCCUGUUGUUCCCUCGCCAUUGAACCCCGAGGUCAAGCAUUCCGACUCCCUGGGCCCCGAAGAUGCAUCUCAAGCGGCGCGAUCCAAGUCGGCGCGUACGAAGAAGGAUACAUUGAAGAAACGCGAAUCCAAAGCCGUCGAGAGCGCUCGUGCAACUCCAGAUCCAAAAGUGAAACCGACGAAGCAGCAGAAGAAGCAGGUCGAUUCGAGUCCGUUUCGCUAUAAGCUUGCGCCUCCUAAAUUAUCCGACUUCGACCCUCCUCGCGGCCCUGUCAUGACCACACAUCAUGAGAUUACAGCACCCGAUGGUCAGACCGUAGAAUUCUUUGAGACGUCGGAUCACGUCUCCAACAAGAAAAGCUUUCGAUAUACGCACUGCAUCGCCGACCCCCUCUUUCCCUCUAUGAUCUACUAUCGAGGCACCGAGCCAGAGCCAUAUGGUCCUCACAUGAGCUUUGAGGACUCAGCAGGACAUGUCUACUUUGAUAAGACAGCCCGGCAAGUCACAACCGAUAAAGGAUUUCGCAUGACGCGAGCGAAUGUUGCUGUUCGGGAAGGCAGAUGGUAUUGGGAAUGCAAAAUCACACAAGGAGUCCGACCACCCAAGGAUGGCGAAUCCAAGCCAGAAGGCGGACAACACGUACGCAUGGGCUGGGCGAGACGAGAGGCGUCUCUUGAUGCACCAGUUGGCUUUGAUGCUUAUAGUUAUGGCCUCCGCGAUGUGGCAGGCGAAAAAGUGCACAUGUCGCGGCCUAAAGAAUUCUUUCCUGCUGGGGAAGGUAUUCGAGAAGGUGACGUGAUCGGUCUCGAGAUCCAACUACCUUCGGAGAAUUUGCACCGCAAGAUCAUGUCUGGACACUAUAAUCCAGUGGUUGACCAAACAGACGAGGAGCCUUCACCUACAGCUCAAGGCCACAACAUCGUCCGCGAUCGCCUUCCCAUCCGAUUCAAGGCCCACACAUAUUUCGAAAGAAUCGAAUACCACCCCGUCAAGGAAUUAGAGGAUCUGAUGAACCCAACAGGAUUAGGCAGUGGUGUCUCAGAAGACCCUGGUCCAAACCAUCCAUCUCCCAGUCUUCGCACCCUUCCUAAUUCUUGCAUUCGUGUAUACAAGAAUGGUGUUCUCAUGGGUACCCCUUUCGAGAACCUAUUGGGUUUUCUUCCACCAGCUUCUCGUCCCCAGACACAGGUUGGCGCUCGUGAAGGGCUUGACGACGGUAUGCUUGGAUAUUACCCUGCGGUAAGUGUCUUCCGUGGAGGCGCUGUGGAGGUCAAUUUCGGUCCCGACUUCUGGUACCCUCCUCCAGCCGAGCCUUCUGCGGAUAGUGCCCCCGGUUCAGUCCGCUCUAGUAACCCCCGCUUGAACGAGAUGCAUGCUGUAAGCGAGCGGUACCGCGAUCAGAUUGCAGAGGAUAUUGUCUACGACAUUAUUGACGAAGUCGACUUCUGGUCCCAAGAUGGCGGUGGUGCGACAGAUCGUCAAGGUGUAAGCGACAAAAGUGAGGCCGUGGCCAUGGCUCCAGGACGAGAGGAGAUUAAAGAGGUUGUACAAGACGAUUGA